AUGGCUCGUCGGAUCGUUCGAACGAUCAUCCAACUGAUCCUUCUCUCGGUAACCUUCGUGACAGUUCUAUUCUUUCUCGACACCCGCUACUCUCUCCUCCCCACACAAAUCCACAAUUUAUUGCCGGAACACCACGCUGGACAGGUGAUAACAGAUAUUACAUACGAAUCAUGUCUUCGCGUCAGUCUGUUUAGCUGUCCAAUAGAGGAAGGAUGGGUUCGCAUCGAUAAAGACUUGUUUUUAAGCAGGGGGUGGUUGACACAGGGAUACAUACAAUUCAAACGGAUGAAGGAGGAGGAGUUGAAUGGGGAGAAAGUUGUUGUUGAUAUCAGGAUUAGGAGAUCGGAGCCGGCGGCAAGCGAGGGCGGCGGCGAUGCCAAGUGGGAGUCUCGACCGGGUGAUAUUUGGAUAAAGAGGAGUCCCAAGGUUAUUGAUGAUGCUGUUACGGGCAUUGAUGUUUUGUUUGGACCGGAUGCUGCAGAGGUUAGGCCUGGGUGGGUGUUGCGAGAAGGAAUUUUGGCGAUUGGGGAGUCGCCCAGAAUUACGGUUCGAAAUGGUGCUCCCCCACCCGGCCCCAAGAAACCAGUAUUGAAGUUUAGGAGUGAUCACAAGUUCAAGAUCAUCCAGGUCUCGGACCUGCAUCUUUCUACUGGCGUCGGAGCUUGUCGGGACCCGGAACCAGUGGAAACCACUGAUGGGUGUGAAGCAGAUCCCCGGACCCUUGAGUUCGUGGGCAGAAUUUUAGACGAAGAGAAACCGGACUUUGCUGUGCUCUCCGGUGAUCAGGUCAAUGGAGACACCGCACCGGAUGCACAAACUGCAAUUCUCAAAUUCGCCGAGCUUUUUGUGAAACGAAAGAUUCCGUAUGCCACCAUCUUGGGCAAUCACGAUGACGAAGGAAACCUCAGUAGGGAGGAUAUCAUGAAACUUACCGCAAGCUUGCCAUACUCUCUCAGCGAGGUUGGCCCCGCCCUUGGUGGGCGAGUGCUAGAUAAGAAGGGUCGGGAAGGGAGCGAGGGCGGGGUAGGAAACUAUCACAUUGAAGUUUUAGCACAUAAGGGUGACCAUUCUGCUCUCACUAUCUAUUUCGUAGACACCCACUCCUACUCACCAGACGAAAAGAAGUACCGGGGUUACGAUUGGGUCAAGCCUUCUCAAAUUAUUUGGUUCAGAAAACUUGCAUCGACCCUGAAAGACAAGCACGACCACAACUCCUACAGCUUCGUCCACCUCGACAUGGCCUUCAUUCACAUUCCCCUCCCGGAGUACCGACUAGUUAGCCGCCCCAUAGUAGGUGGUUACAACAAUGCACCACGCGAACCCCCAACCGCCCCAUCCUAUAACUCUGGCUUCAAAAAUGCAUUAGUAGAUGCCGGGGUUAGUGUUGUCAGCGCAGGCCACGACCAUGCCAAUGAGUAUUGUCUACUUGACGGCGGAAAAGAAAGUUUGUGGAUGUGCUAUGCUGGGGGGAGUGGAUUCGGAGGUUAUGGUGGCUGGAACAAGUAUCAGAGACGAGUUCGUUUAUUCGAGAUUAAUGCACCAUUGGAUAGAAUUACUACCUGGAAGAGAGUCGAGAGAGGGCCUGACAGGGAUGAGAGGAUUGACGAACAAAUUCUCGUGGAUGGUGGGAAAGCGGCUCAACCAAAAUAG